GGUGCGGUGGGAACGGCGACACUUUGAGACGCUGUGGCGAUUGGCCAUCGACGCAGUGCCGCUGCCAGGAAACUCGCAUAUGCCGUUGGCUCGCCGUGAGCCAUGCGGCUGUGGGCAACACGGCCAUGGGGGCGCCGCGGUGGAGGCACACGCCGCCGCCGCGCCCACGCCACGGCAGCACCACUUCUGGGAUUGCGCGGUGGCGAAGGCCGUGGUGGCGCAGAUCAACGCACACAACCCCGGUCCGGCUCCCAUCAGCCAAGCCCAGCUGUGGCUGGUUCAGGCGCCGCCGGGUUUUCAGCAGUGUGUUUGGGACGUGGUGGUGAUGGCGGCGCUGGCCGCCACAGAACAUGGCCGGGUGCGGCUGCGCGGGAUGACGCGCGCCGCAGCGGCCCUGGGAAUUCAGACGGCGGCGGCAGCAGCUCCCGAGGCUGCGGUGGCAGGUACAGCGGAGGCGGAACCCGAUCUUGACGAGAUCCCGCCCACACAGCUGACGCCGCCGCAGCCAGGCGUCAACCCCGUCGAGCUUGCGUGCGCUCGUGCAGUCGCGGACUUCUGGUCGCGGCUGAUGCAGUUCGCGCAGCUCGGCGUGCCCCAAAAGGGCUGGGAUGGUGUUGACGCCACUCACCCCAUCCUGGCGGUGGUGAACGGUGAAAUGCUGUGCGCGAUGCCGCAAGCUAUGGAGCUGGAGGCUUGAAAGGGAUCAGCCCUUAGGAGAAGCGCGUGAGCACUAACAUGAGCCACUGAAGCAGUGGCAUACGAGAGGGUCAGCGGGGGAGCUUAGUGGGCAGGCGAAGGGUUUUUUGUUUUACGCCCGUGGGAGCAGGGCCAGGUUUUGCGGGGUUUUAAUGCCUGAGAGGGUGUAUUGGGUGCUGCAACACCCCGGGUCUUACGGCCUGGACCGGCCUAGUGGCCAGACGCGUUUGUGGCUGCCCUUAGGCAUUGUCUGCCCUUGCGUCGAGAGCUGGUUAGGUUGCGGUUGAGGUCGUGCAGGCUGCCGGGUCGUAGGACUCAGCCCCGCAGCCACUGUGGUCGUGCUUUCGCGUGCUGUCGCGUGCUGCGUGUUUUGUUAUGUUUGCUGUUUUUUGUCUUCUGCCCGCCUGGUUUUUAAGAGGU